AACCGUAAACCAGUUCCAGCACUGUUCCAUAACAUCGCCGAGCAGGCGGUACCUUCUUAACUGCCGCACAUACACAUCCCGGAAGCGGUUACUCACCAUUAGCAGCAGCCAGAGCUCCGACACAGAGACCCUCACAGAGACGAACACCUCCUACUGAAGCUGCCGGGCUUCCCGACACACAGACCAUCCCAGAAAAACGAACAGACCGAAGACGUCGAUCUUAAAAAAUACUUUGCUGAGGUUUGAUAACAACUUUGAAGAUGACCUACGUCUGAGCGAACGCACCAGGAGGACCACCAGCACCGCCGCUGCCCUCUCCGCCGUCUUCCCCGCCAGCCUCCGCUGAGGGAGAAUCUACUCCACGUAUCGCUUUGACAGGACAACCGAAGACAGAGUAGAAACAAGAGACUUUCUCCACUGCGCUGCCGCCAUGGAGUCAGAAAAGAAAAUAACGUACCCGUUGUUGAUGUGUGUUGGAACUGCUGUGAUCGGCUCUCUACAGUUUGGCUACAACACUGGCGUCAUCAAUGCCCCCCAGAAGAUCAUUGAGAAAUUCAUCAAUGAGACAUGGGCCCAGCGCUACCAGGAACCCAUCACAGAAAACUCCCUAACUGCCAUCUGGUCCAUCGCUGUGGCUAUUUUUUCUGUUGGUGGCAUCAUAGGCUCCUUCUCUGUCGGACUGUUUGUCAACCGUUUUGGAAGGAAGAAGUCGAUGCUCAUGGCUAACAUCCUGUCUUUCAUCGCUUCUGCACUGAUGGGCUUUUCAAAGAUGGCGGGCUCGUGGGAAAUGCUGAUCAUUGGUCGUUUUGUGGUUGGCCUCUACUGUGGCCUCACCACAGGCUUCGUACCCAUGUAUGUGGGAGAGAUUUCUCCAACAACUCUACGAGGAGCCCUGGGCACCCUGCACCAGUUAGGCAUUGUGCUUGGCAUCCUGAUUGCACAGGUGUUUGGAUUGGAGGUAAUCUUGGGCAGCGACGACUUGUGGCCACUCCUCCUGGGAUUCAUUUUCAUCCCGGCCGUGUUUCAGUGCGUCCUGCUGCCUCUCUGCCCCGAGAGUCCACGUUUCCUGCUCAUCAACAGGAAUGAAGAGAACAAGGCCAAGUCAGUGCUUAAGAAGCUGCGAGGAACCACAGACGUGAGUGCUGACAUGCAGGAGAUGAAGGAGGAGAGUCGGCAGAUGAUGAGAGAGAAGAAGGUGACCAUCAAGGAGCUUGUACUGUCGCCCAUCUACCGCCAGCCGCUCAUCAUCGCCAUAGUCUUGCAGCUCUCCCAGCAGCUGUCUGGCAUCAAUGCUGUGUUCUACUACUCCACAAAAAUCUUUGAGACAGCUGGGGUUGAGCAGCCUGUCUAUGCCACCAUUGGUGCAGGCGUGGUUAACACAGCUUUCACUGUUGUGUCGCUCUUUAUCGUUGAGCGAACAGGACGUAGGUCUCUGCACAUGGCGGGGCUGCUGGGAAUGGCUGGGUCUGCUGUCCUAAUGACAAUAGCCUUGGCUCUGCUGGACCAGGUCAAAUGGAUGUCCUAUCUGAGCAUCGUGGCCAUUUUUGCCUUUGUGGCGUUCUUCGAGAUUGGACCUGGUCCCAUCCCGUGGUUCAUCGUGGCUGAGCUGUUCUCGCAGGGACCUCGGCCUUCAGCCAUUGCUGUCGCUGGUUUGUCCAACUGGACGGCCAACUUCAUAGUGGGAAUGGGCUUUCAGUAUGUACAGGCACAAUGUGGGCCCUACGUGUUCGUCAUCUUCACCGUGCUGCUUCUCUUCUUCUUCGUCUUCACCUAUUUCAAAGUGCCGGAGACAAAGGGCCGGACGUUUGACGAGAUCGCAUCCGGCUUCCGACAGGCGGGUGGCGCCGGCAGAGAAAAGCACUCGCCAGACGAGCUCAACAGCCUGGGAGCUGAUUCUCAGCUCUGAGCGACUGUUUCAAACUUUCUAACAAACUCUCUGUCGGACCGAGGAGGGAGCACAGAAAGGGUCUUCUGACUAGAAGUAGACAUAUACAUUGGUAGAGUUUUUUUUCCCCACACUGUCACCACAUUUUGGGCACCAGUCCCGUGAUUCUCCAACAUGAUAUUUCCUGCCGCCCCUUUUCAUGUCACACACAGAAACUCAGCGGCUCGUCUGGCAGAUGUAGAUGGAAAGUUGAGGAUAGAUGUGGAAGAUUUUGAAAAAUUUCUUUUGCAGUAAGGAAAAUAAGUGUCUGCAUCAAUCAACCAACCUUUAUUUUAUUUUAUUUUUUAAAGAAAACUGCUUUAUUUCACAAAAUAUAUUUUAUAUCUGCUUAUGCUCUGUUCUUCUAGCCUGUUACAGUACUGUCAAUUUGUUUUUAUGUGGUGAAUGAGUGCUCUAGUUUGAGAAUCAAUUCACUCUGCAAAAAAUACUUUGUGGGUCUUCAUCCUGCAACGUUGUAUCACUGUACACUUAAGCACUGUAGAUGCCGAACAGCUUGACUUUGUCUCUGUCCACCAGAGGGAGCACUCCCUUGGAGAAAAGCGCCUCUGUGCUCCCCUGAUGAAGAACAAGUUGUUUGCACCUUUUUUAAAGUUACUGAAUACUCGGUCGCACACUGAGGAUUUUAAUGAACGUAAUGAAAUAUUUUACUGUUGUGCUUCGUAUUUUACUCACAUUUGUCACACAUGUACUCCGCUUGUCGUUGGUAAGAAUGACUUGAUACUGAAUUCGAAAGAAGAAUCUGUUAAUGGUGAUGAAGACAAAGACCUUAUGGCGUGUUUUUCUGUUUCUCAGAACAGCUGAUGAGUUUCAUAUUGGGUAUAUUGGGUUUUGUAGAAGAGGAACAGUAUCUGCACAGUUUAGAACCAGAGAGCUGAACAAUGAGUAAAUCAUCCAUCUGUUUUACUGGUAAAUAGACACUGUUUGACAAAUCUGACCCACAAAACCAGAACAUUUGUGAGUUUUAAGUGCCUGUCUGAAACAAUCAUGCCUCUAUUGCCUUCAGCCUUCCAGUGUAUUACAGUUUCAGGUCAGACCGGCCUGAUCCAGACUGAAAGCCUCUAUCAGUGGGGGAUCUUUUUUGUAUUUCGUUGAAUCGAGAUUAUAUCUGGAGCCUCCAGAGUCUGUUGAUUUGGCCGGAGUGAUUUCACUUGAGCAGUAGUCACGUAACUGUUCCUCCAUGACAACCACAAAACACGCUCAGAAAGCAUGACACAUAGUUAAAAAUAAAUAACAGGGACCAAAAUGAAUGUCAUUAUUAACCCUAACCCACCCCCCGUGUUCCUUGCACUCUAUGACGUCCAAAAGGAGGUGGACGUUUGAUGCUGUGGUGUGAGGCGCACGUUGUGCCUUGUACUCUGAAUUCUGCAGUAUUUAUAUAGCUUUCUCUUUUCCAGUUGUGUACUCACUGCAGACAUAAGUUGGUGACAUAAAAAAAAGAACCAUGUAGUCUGACUCACUUGGCCUCGCUGUACAAGUCUGUGAUUGCUGUAGCACUUGUGUUUUCUCUGUAAGUGCAUCGUUUGGGGAAGUUAUCGUUUUGGCUGCACUUUAUUAUUCACAUCUUCAUCUUCAUUGAUGUUUUUUUUCCUACUUGGUGUGGAAAUGAUUACUGAAGACAGACUGAAGUACUGCUGAUGGAUUACUUGAUGGUUUUUUUUUGUUUGUUUUUUUUUAAAUGGCAAUGCACGGAACUGUCUAAUUUUUCACAUCUAUUCCAUUCGUAUAAGAGCACACUGACAUGUGUUGUGAGUCAAUGCAACAUUCAUAAUUUAAGGACUUUGAUCCAAAUCCAACCCGCUUGUUUAAAAACAUUUUUAAAUCAUUCCAUUCUUGUCAGUUUUUGUACAUAGUAGAUCUUUGUAGAAUAUAUAUUUUUUGGAUUUUUUUUCAGUGGGUCAGCUCACCUGUCCUGGAAUGCACUGUAACAUCCACUCCGUAAUAUACAAUAUUGUCACCAGCAAACCCGUGUAAAAGAUGCGUGUCCACACACACUCCCAGAGUAAUGUCUGUUGCAAAUAUCAAAAUUGUAAUUUAUGUACAUAGGUCCACAACUCUGUUUGGGCAUUUCAUUUUUAAUGUAACCUUUACCUUAUGGCACAGGUCAGUGGUCUAAACACACGGGAUGAUGUAAAUAUGAAGCACACUACAGCCUUACCCACUCCAAUAUAUGAACUAUUUAAGUUUUAGAUGGUGUGUUUAAGUAGGUAAAUGAAUUAUUAGUGCUGUAGUGCCACACUUUCUCUGACUUUUUGAUUUGAUAUCCAUGUUGUGGCUUAAUAACAAAGUAAUUUUAUUUCUGUAGUGUUUUCAUUUUAGUGCACAGAGCAUAUUCUAAUGUUUUUAAUAGUAAAAGAUCUGUGUGUAUGAUGCUGAAAUGUCAACCUUUGCUGGGGUGAAAUGUAUAAGUUGUAAUGGAUGGUCUUGUUUGAGUGGCUGAAUAAAAUAAAUCAUACAUACAGA